CGUAGAUCAUAAAAGGACACAAAUAUGCCUCCCAAAAAGAAGAAGAGUGGGAAGAAGGGGAAGAAAAGUGCCAAGAAGUCUGGCCGAGGUUCCCCUUCCAAAAGUAUCGAAACCAUGAAUGAACUGUCAAAAGAAUAUUUUAUCAUUCAAAUUCGAGACUUAGAGAACAGAUUGCAAAGGUAUCAGAAAAGAUGUGAUGAAUUGGAAGUGAACAGAGGAAAUUACAAUGAAAAAUUUGAACAACUUGAAAAACAGAAAAAUGAUAUUGUGGAUUACCUGAAAAAAGAAAUCAAUAAGAAAAAUGAUGAUAUUGAGGAUUUGAAUGAACAGCUGAUUGGUUUACAACAGACACGAGAGCUAGAAAAAGAGCAGGCCCAUGCCACCAUUCAGCAGAUUAAAACUGAACUCCAGGAGACCAAGGACCAGCUAACAUCUGAUAACAUGAUUCUAGGUGGUAAAUUGGCCUCUCUGGAAGAGUUCAAAGUGCACAGAGAAGAACUGAUGGCAAAGUUUGCUAACAUGGAAAAGGAACUAGAACAGAAAGAUGAGGACCACAAAUCUGCCAUUUAUGAUCUGGAAAAGAAAGCAGUAUUAGAUAAAUCAAGAUUGAAAUCAGAAAUGGUUCAACGAGUCAAUCAGGUGGCUGCAGAAUUUAGGAGAGUAUCCAAUAAACAGAUGGCAGAGACCACGAAAAACACCAUCAGGGAAAAUGUGUCCAUUACAGCCCAGCUAGCAAAGAUGUCCGACAAAACUAUGGAGCUGAUUCAAGAGAAUGAUGAACUGAAAAAGAAAGAAAGGCAACAAAAACAGCAUAUAGAGAUGUUAGAGGACAAUGAAAAAACACUAGCCAAGAAAAACCAUAGUCAUCAAAAGUUAAUCAAGAUGCUGACAGACAAAUGUCGAAACCAGGAGGCACUCAUUGCUGAGUUUGAUUCUAGGGAACAGGAGUAUCAGGAGUUAGAUGCUGAGAUUGAUUUUCUGAAACAACAAGUAGAGUCACAGAGAGAAGAAAUCCAGAGUUUAGCGAAAGAAAAUGAGCAGUUACAGGAAGAUCUAAAGGAAGCCAAAACUAAAUUUAGAGCAGAGAAAAGAAACAAAGAGAAGGUGGACAGGAUUCUGUAUGAUGCUGCAGAGGCCAUUAAAAUGAUGCUCCAGAAGUCAGAUGAUACAGAAUCAGAGAGUGGGUACAAUGACAUUGAGAAGAAGGACAACAUGUUGGAGAAUCUGCUCAUCUUGUUGAACAGUGCUGCUGCCAUUGGUAUAGGGCCCCAGCCCGAGGAAUUCGGGAAGUAUGAAAUGAGGCAGAAGAGUGCCAGUGAAAUGCCAGGCUCAAAGCAAGGCCUCAAAAGAGGAAUGCUCCCAAUGUCUCCUGUGGCCAGGAGUGGUGGCACCCUUCCCCAUUAUCAGCUCGGAGAUUUGGGUUUGAUUCCUCGACCCAAGAACCAUAUUCCCACCAGUGUAGAUAAGAUGAGGGUCCUGUCCGCCACCACAAGACUGGGUGGUCUCCGUAAAGUGUUGACCAAGUCUGUAGCCGUUCAAACCGUCAGUGCUCCUAAGGCGUUAUUUUAUGCUGAUCAACUUCUGAGUAAAGCUCCCACUGGUUCCCAGGAAGCUGUGAUCUCCAUGACAACAGAAAGGAUCCGGUCCCCAGGGAUGCCCCUUGGCCCUAUACAUACAGCUAAAGCCACCAGUAAAGUCUAUUAAUCAAACCGCUAUCACAGCAUGUUAAUCACAUGUGACAAGAACUCACAUCAAUGUUGUCAGGAGGCACCAACAGAUCAAGUGUCAAAUGCAUGCUGUUAAAAAAUAUGUUUUAGAAUGAAGUUCACAAAUUGUUAUUUUAACAUGCUAUAUUUUUGUGAUAUUUUUCUUUUUGUUUCAAACUCAUUUGUGAGUUGUUUGAAGACGCUUCAUGAUGAGCUUUGUAUUUUCUUCGGAUGUAUAAUAUAUUUAUACUUGCAACAGGUGAGUAAGGAAAAGUGUUAAUCUUGUUUUCAUUACGAUACAAACUAAAUACAAUAUUUCUUACAGAGAAAUCCAGUCAAUUAUUGUAUUAUGUAUAAUACAAAUGAUAUACUUAUCAUGAAGUCACUAUUUUUGUUGUUACAAUCAUUGUAAAUAUGUAUAAAAUUAUCUUUCACUCAAUAAAGCAUUUAAUAAAUGUGA